CCAUCCCUCACGGUCACGCAUCGUGCCGCACCAACUUGCCACGGGCGCUUCUCACCGCGAACUCCCAGAUUAAACCGCGCACGGACGAACGAACGCACAGUGCUGCGCCACGCGAGCGCGAUCCGUGUCCAUUGCUGCCACCGCAACUGCUCGCCCACUGGCGGUGGUACAAAGCGGCGCCGCCUCCCUCGGGUCGGGGCUCCGGCACCUGCAGCCAAGCUACUGAGCUCCACGUACGCACGCCGCGGAGCCUCCACCGCCAUGCCUGCCGGCGGCGCGUCCUACCUGGCGGCCAUGCGCCGCGGCCGCAGCUUCGCCUACCACAAGCUCAAGAAGCUCCCUCGCGCCCCUUCCCCCGCCGCCGCCACCCUCGAGCAGCAAGACCACCUGGACGAUCACCACCACCAGCAGCCGCCCGCUGCGGCCAUCCAGGAAUCCUACCAGUCCUACUACCGCGCGCUGGGCGCGGCGGUGGCCAGGGGUCGGAGGAGGCAGCAGUGGCAGCGGAGGGCGAGGCGGCCGCGCCUGAGGAUCUCGGGUCUGGCGCGGGCGCUGCGGCGGAGGGCGGCGGCCGUCGGGGGCAGGGUGCGGGCGUCGGUGGCCAAGGUGGCGCGGCGGCUCAGGGAGGGCCGGCCCUACAUCGGGGAGCUCUUCGCCGGGAACUACAUGUUCAUGCAGGUGGCGCCGUCGCCGACCAUGGUGCCCGGGAUCGACGACAAGGGCGGGUACGCGCCCUUCACGGACUUCUACUACGGCAAGGUCGCCAAGGGCAUCAAGCCGCCGGCGCCGGCGGCCGGAGCGUUGCAGCUGCAGGUGCACCAUGCAGCUGCUGCAGGGGUGCUGUACAAGGUGUAGCUGCUCCGACUGGUACGGUGCUCUGGUCGAUCGUGCAUCAGUUCUUCGUUCGAUGCUUCGCUUUGUGCUAUGUUCGUGCUGUCAAAAAAAAGUAUGGGUAAAUAAUAAAAGUUGCCAGUUUGGAUUUCUCUCU